CUUUUCCCAUCGUGGAACCAAGCGCUGGUGCCAAACUUGAAGAGGAAGUCUUUUACUUUGUUAGCCAUGUGUUUAUGAAACCCUAGCGCUCUCCCCAGAUCUUUGGGCUGAUAAUCGCAAACAUGGAGGAUGCUUCUGAUUCUUCACUAGGGGUUGCUCCAUUAAUUAAUAAUGUAGCUCUCCCAGGCUCUCCGCCGUCUCUUCCUGUAUCAGUGACAGGCUGUAAAAGUCAUCGAGUAGCCAAUAAAAAGGUAGAAGCGAGAAGUGAAAAGCUCCUCCCAACAGCUCUUCCUCCUUCAGAGCCGAAAGUAGAUCAGAAACUUCCCAGGAGCUCCGAGAGGCGGGGAAGUGGCGGUGGGACGCGAUCCCCCGCGCGGAGCCAGGCCGUGGCAGCGGGAGAAGCGGCUCCCAGCGGUGCGGCGGGGCGGCGAGAAGCGACCCCCCGGGGGGACAGAGCCUCCCCUCGCCGCCUUUGUAGUUGAGAAGGUGGAGAAGUGGCAGCCGGCGUGCUCGCAGGGAAGCGGGGCCGGCGCGGGCGGCCGAGGGUCCGGGUGAGCCCGCGGGCGGACGCGAGAUGCCGCUGCUACACCGAAAGCCGUUUGUGAGACAGAAGCCGCCCGCGGACCUGCGGCCCGACGAGGAAGUUUUCUACUGUAAAGUCACCAACGAGAUCUUCCGCCACUACGAUGACUUUUUUGAGCGAACCAUUCUGUGCAACAGUCUUGUGUGGAGCUGUGCUGUGACGGGCAGACCUGGACUCACCUAUCAGGAAGCACUUGAGUCAGAAAAAAAAGCGAGACAGAAUCUUCAGAGCUUUCCAGAACCACUAAUUGUUCCAGUUUUAUACUUGACCAACCUCACCCAUCGUUCACGCUUACAUGAAAUUUGUGAUGAUAUUUUUGCGUACAUCAAGGAUCGAUAUUUUGUUGAAGAAACUGUGGAAGUCAUUAGGAACAAUGGUGCAAGAUUACAGUGUAGGAUUUUGGAAGUCCUUCCUCCGUCACACCAGAAUGGUUUUGCUAAUGGACAUGUCAGCAGUGUAGAUGGAGAAACUAUUGUCAUCAGUGAUAGUGAUGAUUCAGAAACACAAAACAGUUCUUUUCAAAAUGGAAAGAAAAAAGAUGCAAUCGAUCCCUUAUUAUUCAAGUACAAGGUGCAACCCACUAAAAAAGAAUUGUAUGAGUGUGCUAUUGUUAAGGCAACACAAAUCAGCCGGAGAAAACACCUAUUUUCUCGUGAUAAACUAAAGCUUUUUCUGAAGCAACACUGUGAACCACAAGAUGGAGUCAUUAAAAUUAAGCCAUCAUCUCUUUCAACAUAUAAAAUAGCAGAACAAGAUUUUUCUUGCUUCUUCCCUGAUGAUCCACCCACAUUUAUCUUCAGUCCCGCUAACAGAAGAAGAGGGAGACCUCCCAAACGAAUAUCUGUUAGUCAGGAGGACAGCAUUGCCAAUAAACAGACUAUUGCAGGUUAUAGGAACAAAACUACUAAAGAAAGAGACAAACUUUUAAAACAAGAAGAAAUGAAAUCACUGGCUUUUGAAAAGGCUAAAUUAAAAAGAGAAAAAGCAGAUGCCCUAGAGGCAAAGAAAAAAGAAAAGGAGGAUAAAGAGAAAAAGAGGGAAGAAUUAAAGAAAAUUGUUGAAGAAGAGAGACUGAAGAAGAAAGAAGAAAAAGAGAGGCUUAAAAUAGAAAGAGAAAAGGAAAGAGAGAAGUUGCGUGAAGAAAAGAAAAAGUAUAUGGAAUACUUAAAACAGUGGAGUAAACCCAGAGAAGAUAUGGAAUGUGAUGACCUUAAGGAACUUCCAGAACCGACUCCAGUGAAAACUAGACUACCUCCUGAAAUCUUUGGUGAUGCUCUGAUGGUUUUGGAGUUCCUUAAUGCGUUUGGGGAGCUUUUUGAUCUUCAAGAUGAGUUUCCUGAGGGAGUGACCCUAGAAGUGUUAGAGGAAGCUCUUGUAGGAAAUGACAGUGAAGGCCCACUAUGUGAAUUGCUUUUUUUCUUCCUGACUGCCAUCUUCCAGGCGAUAGCUGAAGAAGAAGAGGAAGUAGCCAAAGAGCAAAUAACUGAUGCUGACACCAAAGAUCUAACAGAGGCUUUGGAUGAAGAUACAGACCCCACAAAAUCUGCACUGUCUGCAGUUGCAUCUUUGGCAGCUGCAUGGCCGCAGUUGCAUCAGGGCUGCAGUUUGAAAAGCUUGGAUCUCGAUAGCUGCACUCUUUCUGAAAUCCUCAGACUACACAUCUUAGCUUCAGGUGCUGAUGUAACAUCAGCAAAUGCGAAGUACAGGUAUCAGAAACGAGGAGGGUUUGAUGCUACAGAUGAUGCCUGCAUGGAGCUUCGUUUGAGCAACCCCAGCCUAGUGAAGAAACUGUCAAGCACUUCAGUGUAUGAUUUGACACCAGGAGAAAAGAUGAAGAUACUUCAUGCUCUCUGUGGGAAACUACUGACCCUAGUUUCUACUAGAGAUUUCAUUGAAGAUUAUGUUGACAUAUUAAGACAAGCAAAACAGGAGUUCCGGGAGUUAAAAGCAGAACAACAUCGAAAAGAGAGGGAAGAAGCAGCUGCUAGAAUUCGUAAAAGGAAAGAAGAAAAACUUAAGGAGCAAGAACAAAAAAUGAAGGAGAAACAAGAAAAACUAAAGGAAGAUGAGCAAAGAAAUUCAAUCGCAGAUAUAUCUGUUGGGGAGGAAGAAAGGGAAGAUUUUGAUACUAGCACUGAGAGCAAAGAAAUAGAGCAAAAGGAACAAGAUCAAGAUACAGUUACUGAAGAUGAAGAUGACCCGGGACCACAUAAAAGAGGCAGAAGGGGAAAAAAGGGACAAAAUGGAUUUAAAGAAUUUACGAGGCAAGAAGAGGUCAACUGUGUAACAAGAGAGCCUCUUACUGCUGAGGAGGAAGAAGCUUUAAAACAGGAACACCAACGAAAAGAGAAAGAGCUCUUAGAAAAAAUCCAAAGUGCCAUAGCAUGUACCAAUAUCUUUCCCUUGGGCCGUGACCGCAUGUACAGGCGGUAUUGGAUUUUCCCUUCUAUUCCUGGAUUGUUUAUUGAAGAGGAUUAUUCUGGUCUCACUGAAGACAUGCUGUUGCCUAGACCUUCAUCAUUUCAGAAUAAUGUACAGUCUCAAGCACCUCAGGUAUCCACUAAAACUGGAGAUUCUUUGAUGUCUGAAUCUACCUCCGGCAUUGACCACAGUCUGUGUGAUGAUACUGUGCAGCUGCCAAAACCGGUGCAUAAGCCGAAUCGGUGGUGCUUUUACAGUUCCUGUGAACAGCUGGAUCAGCUGAUUGAAGCCCUUAACUCUAGAGGACAUAGAGAAAGUGCCUUAAAAGAAACUUUGUUGCAAGAGAAAAGCAGAAUAUGUGCACAGCUAGCCCUAUUUUCUGAAGAGAAAUUUCAUUUUUCAGACAAACCUCAAACUGAUAGCAAACCUACAUAUAGUCGGGGAAGAUCUUCCAGUGUGUAUGAUCCAUCCCAGAUGUCUGCAGAAAGACAGCUUGAGUUGAGGCUGAGAGAUUUUCUUUUGGAUAUUGAAGACAGAAUCUACCAAGGAACAUUAGGCGCAAUCAAGGUUACAGACCGACACGUCUGGAGGUCAGCAUUAGAAAGUGGACGGUAUGAGCUGUUAAAUGAGGAAAACAAGGAAAACGGGAUAAUUAAAACUGUGAAUGAAGAGGUAGAGGAGAUGGAAAUUGAUGAGCAAGCAAAGGUCAUAGUAAAAGACAGACUUUUGGGCAUAAAAACAGAAUCUCCAAGUACUGUCUCAACCAAUGCAAGUACACCACAGUCAGUGAGCAACGUGGUUCAUCAUCUUGCAAUGGCACUUUUUCAAAUAGAACAGGGUAUUGAGAGGCGUUUUCUAAAAGCGCCACUUGAUGCCAGUGACAGUGGGCGUUCUUAUAAAACAGUCCUGGACCGUUGGAGGGAGUCUCUCCUUUCUUCUGCUAGUCUGUCCCAAGUCUUUCUUCAUCUCUCCACCCUGGAUCGUAGUGUGAUAUGGUCUAAAUCUAUACUGAAUGCCCGUUGCAAGAUAUGCCGAAAGAAGGGUGAUGCUGAAAACAUGGUACUUUGUGAUGGCUGUGAUCGGGGUCACCAUACCUACUGUGUUCGACCAAAGCUCAAGACUGUGCCGGAAGGAGACUGGUUUUGUCCAGAGUGUCGGCCAAAGCAGCGUUCUAGAAGACUCUCCUCUAGACAGAGACCAUCCUUGGAAAGUGAUGAUGAGAUGGAAGGUAGUAUGGAAGGUGAGGAUGAUGAAGUUGAUGAUGAUGAAGAAGAGGGUCAAAGUGAAGAGGAAGAGUAUGAGGUAGAACAAGAUGAAGAUGAUUCUCAAGAAGAAGAAGAAGUCAGCCCACCAAAACGAGGAAGACCACAAGUUAGAUUACCAAUUAAAACAAGAGGGAGACUUAGCUCUUCUUUCUCAAGUCGUGGCCAACGACAAGACCCUGGAAGAUACACUUCACGGAGUCAGCAGCAGAGUACACCGAAAACAACCAUUUCUUCUAAAACUACUGGUAGAAGCCUAAGAAAGAUAAAAUCUGCUCCUCCUACAGAAACUAAAUCUUUAAGAAUCUCCAGUCGUUCUACUCGCCAGAGUCAUGGCCCACUGCAAGCAGAUGUAUUUGUGGAACUACUUAGUCCUCGUAGAAAGCGCAGAGGCAGGAAGAGUGCUAAUAAUACACCAGAAAAUAGUCCCAAUUUCCCUCACUUCCAGGUGAUUGCCACAAAGUCAAGUGAGCAGUCAAGUCCUCUAAAUGUUGCUUCAAAACUUUCCCUCCAAGAUAGUGAAUCCAAGAGAAGAGGCAGGAAAAGACAAUCUGCAGAAUCAUCCCCUAUGACACUUAAUCGAAGGAGUUCAGGUCGACAGGGAGGAGUUCAUGAACUGUCUGCUUUUGAACAACUUGUUGUGGAAUUGGUACGGCAUGAUGACAGCUGGCCUUUUUUGAAACUCGUUUCUAAAAUUCAGGUCCCAGACUAUUAUGACAUCAUCAAAAAGCCCAUUGCCUUAAAUAUAAUUCGUGAAAAAGUGAACAAGUGUGAAUAUAAAUUAGCAUCUGAGUUUAUUGAUGAUAUUGAAUUAAUGUUUUCGAACUGCUUUGAGUACAACCCUCGUAACACAAGUGAAGCAAAAGCUGGAACUAGGCUUCAAGCAUUUUUUCAUAUUCAGGCUCAAAAACUUGGACUCCAUGUCACAUCUGGGAAUGUGGAUCAAGUUAGCACACCACCGGCUGCAAAAAAGUCACGAAUCUAAUUUUGUCCUUCUAAAGGAUAUGAAGAAAUCAAAUUGUUCAUGAAAAUGGAACAUUAAAUCAUGCUCUAAAGCAGACAUAUAUGUAUAAAGCAAUAACAACUGAUUGACCACAUUGAAGUGUGGCCUGCACUAUAUUCUCAACUUUAAUAUUAAGCACUCAGGAGAAUGUAGGAAAGAUUUCCUUUGCUACAGUUUUGUUCAGUAUCUAAUAAGUUUGAUAGAUGUAUUAGAUACAGUACUGGUUUACAGAAGGUUUUGUACAUUUUGAGAUCAUUCAUGUGUCCCAAUAUCUCAGAAAAUAUUUUUCCACGUAUGAUUUAUUUUGUCAUUGACCUUUUUUUAGAAGUGUGGUAUUAAGGGAGAUUUAUCUACACAGAAAAAUCUUCCAUUAUAGCACAGUUUAAGGAAAAGUAUAUACAUCUAAGAAUUGUUUAAUGAGCACAUUCUUUCAACACUACACAUGAAUGAAUCCAAUUUUAUAUCCUUGAAGUGCUGUACCAGUGCUGGCUGGAGGUAUUGAGUCUGAGUUUAUUAACUAGAUAUUUAUUUAGCAUUCAAAGUAAUUUGUGAAUUUGUUUUGUAUUUAUAAAAUUUGUACCUGGAAAAUGUUCUUUAAUUUUUUAAACAUUUUAUUGUGUUUUUGUUUUAUUUCUCUAACUUCCUUAAUGAUCAGUCAAUAAAGGUAACACCCUCCCUUUUCCUUGACAGUUCUUUCAGUUUUACACAACUGUAUUAUAAGUUUCUAUGUACAACUUUUUAAGUGUACAAAUAAAAUGAUACAUUUUUUUUUUCAA